UGCUCAACCAAUGAGAAAAGAGCCGCGAGCUCAGUGCAUAGUGGAUCCAUUAUGGUGGGCGCGUGAUUUUGAAGGGCAGAUUUGACUUUAGACUUAUUUUCCUGAGGAUUUCGUCUCUAAACCGAAUUUUCUCAGCGCAGAGAUUCUGAAGUUCGAAAUUGCCCGCAAUGUCAGACCAAAUUUCCGCGAGUGACCUGGAGUCACUUGUGACCUUUCAUCCUGAUCUUGGAAAAUUAGAGCCAGAUGAUGAAGAAGUUUAUGAGCAAACAGAAGAAAUGCUUGUGGAGCAGGAUCAUGUGCUGGAGGAAGAAGUUACAGAUUCAUUACUUCAAGGGGUUGUCAUUAACGAUAGUGGAGGCGAAAUUAUCACAAGUGACGUCGCAGAAGGUAUUGAGCAAGGAACUUACUUAUUCCUUCAGCAACCGCAUGAUUUGGGAAGCGCACAAAUUAUUACUCAAGCCAGACCUUCAGAUGGUAACCUUAUUCAUCUACGCCCUAUUCCUUCCACAUCAAACAAACUGCCAACCAUCAGACCAGCACCCGCAUCUCCUAAAAAGCAGAAUUUUACGAAGCUGGUGAUUUCGGGCGGAACCACCAAGUCUCCAAUUAUGAUUCCCUCAUCUCCUGGCACACCUCAGCAAAUCAAGCUUAUUGCGGCCAGUCCUACGCCUGGGCCCAGUGUGCAACGGAUAUCACUUUCUCAGGCACAACAAAUGGGCUUUCUUGGAUCUAGCAAGACACUUGUCUCUUCGACCAACAACCAAAACCUGAAUUUGCACAAAGUGGCCUCUCCCAGAACCAUAUCAACUCCGAAAAUUACGAUGAUCACCCAGGGACAGAAGCCGCCAGCCAAAAUACUACCAGCUCCUACUCUUAAGCCCAUCAUUAACACCCAGCCAUCCUUUGGUGUCAAACAGAUUGCUGCCGGCACCCAGAAAGUCAUCAUUCGACAAGCUGGAAGCACAAAGUCGUUGAGCUCAUCCCCUGGUUCUACUGGGAUGAUCAGAAUUCCUGCUACACAAAAUAUUAUUAGUGCCUCUGGAGAUGGCAUUCAAUUGCCUGGAAACAGACAGUUUGUCCGUAUUGUCGCGUCUCCAAAUGCACCGUCAAUUCCAAAGGCUACAAUGGUGCCUGUGAAACAGAACGUGUUGGCUGCCUCGCCAAAAGUUGUGCCUAUCGCUCCAGCGCAAUCGAUUGUAAGAGAUUCGAUAAAAAAUCAGCCAGGCUAUUCAUUCGCAGCCAAUUGGCAGCAAUUGUCAAACAAGCCACAGAAAAUCAUUGUGCCUGCAACAACAGUCGGCAGAGUGAGUCAGGUCUCCACUGCAGCUGUCACUCAGCUUGGUGGCACUCUAGUUCCCACUGCUGGCGGAAACUUCAUGGUGCUACCCACCCAAAUUUAUGAGCAGCUUCAAAGUGUAACUCCGGUGUCCGCUGAGAUUAAAAUAAAACCGGAGCAAAAGCUAAGCCCAAAGUCUCUCCUCGACGCUCGAACUGCAAGUCACGCCAAGCUGGCUCUAGAGACAAAUUUGAAAAGGAAGCCUUGUAAUUGCACCAAAUCUCAGUGCUUGAAAUUGUAUUGCGAUUGUUUUGCAAAUGGCGAGUUCUGCUUCAACUGCAAUUGCAACACUUGUUUUAACAACUUGGAACAUGAGGAAGACAGGCAACGAGCCAUACGAGCGUGUCUGGAAAGGAACCCAGCCGCUUUCAAGCCAAAGAUUGGCAAAGCGCAGGCUGGAGAUGAACGAAGGCACAACAAGGGAUGCAACUGCAAGCGGUCUGGUUGCCUGAAGAAUUAUUGCGAAUGUUUUGAGGCCAAAAUUCCCUGCACACACAUGUGCAAAUGCGUCGGUUGCCGCAACCUCGAGGACAGUGAGGAGCGGAAAUUGGACAGAGAGAACGUUGUGCUCGCUGCCGGUUUGAGGGCCAGGCAGCAGCAUUUGUAUGCUGCAAGUAGAGCAAGACUCACCAUGACAAAGCGAGGAAAGCCACAGUUGGCGAGUCAGCAUCUCACAAGACAACCAUUCGGUUUCAUGAACCAACGACUUGUUGAUGCCACUUGCCAGUGCUUGCUGGCGCAAGCUCAAGAAGGGGAAUCCAUGGAGAUGGAAGAUGUACAGAUCGAGCAGAAAAUACUCCAAGAAUUUGGGGAGUGCCUCAAGCAGUUCAUCGAGUGCUCAGCAAGUGUGGAUCAUAAUUUGUAAACAAUGUUAUCAAUAAUAUUUUAAUGUUGAGGUACAACUUGAGUAGUGUUCAGAGUAAGUUCAAAUAAAACCUAUUGUCAACUUGCUGUGGUCUCAAGAUUAAGCGAAAUUGCUACUGUUUGUUUCUUAGUAAUACUGCAGAUUUGAAUAGAUAACCCAUAUGAUUUGUACAAAAUUUUGAAUAUAAUUGGAAGUUCGAUUUUAUAGUGAUUUUUAUCGAAUGUCUCGGAAUUUAGGUUAAAAUCAAGACUUGUGUCAUUUACAAGAAAUAAUAUAUUCACAAAUUUAGGAAA